AUGAAGAAGAAGUUAGGGAAGGAGAAAAUGUUAAAGAAAGAGAAAAAGUUAAGGAAUGAGUCGAAGUUAAGGGUGAAGAAGAAAUUAUCGAAGGAGAAGAAGUUAAGGAUGGAUGAGAAAAAUCAACUUUUAAAAAUUGUGAGGAAGGUGGCGACUUCCGUCGAUCGCUGUGGAAACGAUUAUUGUGAUGCGAUUCGAUUGCAUGGAUUGCGCUGGCGAACACGGGGAUGGCAGCACUGCCAUUGUUAUGAUGGUUUAUUGGACUCAAACAAGUCAACUAAGAGCAAACAUAAACCCACUGGCGUGUUCUUGCUUAGCUUCCCAGCCAAGAAGCAACUUCUUGAGCUUUAG